AUGGGGUUGUCAAUACUGAAGCUAUUUAGCGGAUUGUUUGGUCGCAAAGAGAUGAGGAUUUUAAUGGUUGGACUUGAUGCAGCCGGUAAAACCACAAUCUUAUACAAGUUGAAAUUGGGAGAGAUAGUCACCACUAUUCCAACCAUUGGGUUCAACGUUGAAACAGUUGAAUAUAAAAACAUUGCCUUCACGGUGUGGGAUGUGGGUGGACAAGAUAAGAUUCGACCAUUGUGGAGGUACUAUUUCCAAAAUACCCAGGGGAUAAUUUUUGUUAUUGAUUCAAACGAUCGAGACCGAAUAAGCGAAGCCAGUGAAGAAUUGUCAACCAUGUUAAAUGAAGCAGAACUACAAAAUGCUUUACUAUUGGUACUUGCCAAUAAACAAGACUUGCCCAACGCUAUGAAUGCAGCGGAGAUUACUGAAAAACUAAGAUUGCACUCGAUUAGACUGAGACCGUGGUUCAUUCAAGCCACUUGUGCUACCACGGGAGACGGUCUAUACGAAGGUUUAGAGUGGCUAGCAUCUAGUCUCAAGAACUGA